AGGUAUAGUAGAGGUAUAGUAGAGUUAGUUUCUGCAACGAAAGUAGCAGGUAUUGCCUAUGCUUCUAUCUCUGAUGAGGGGCACUUGUUCCUGAUCUCCAAGUAAGAUCCCCUAUUGGGUCAGGGUCAGGCACGUCUUCUUUUUUUCUCUUUCCCCCAAUGUGCGGCCCCUAGGUCUCGGCCUUGACCGAUCUCGUGGCGAGAAUGUCCGUCCCUGGCUCGGGGUUGCGUUGGUCAUUAAUCUGUUGGAUCGGGAAGGUCGAUGGGUUGCCAAUGCAGGUAAGGCAGGGUAAAGGUCAGGUAGCGAUGUGGAGAGCUAGCUGCUCGGCUUAAAGGCGCGUCAUCGUGGUCGUCGGUCUACCGUUUUAUGUGAUGCUGUCUUGCAUCUAGGAGACCACGUUCUGGUUCUUGUCCUUUUUUCGGCUGGGCCUGCUGGUCGUUAUAUACGGCGGGAGAUCCGCAUUCCAGAUCGCUUUUUCAUCUGGUUUCUGUCGGUAGCUAGCUGUGUCGCCAGACUCGCCCGCUUGAGAGACUGGUGUUGAGAGCGCUUCGACGCCUAAUAAUAUAGUAGUUAGCUGUGCAAAGAGAAUCCCGUAUCACGGCACACAUACGCUCGAAUCCCAGUAUUCAACCCCGGCUGAGCAGAUACUGUCAAGAUGAAGCUGCUCUCGCUAAUCACGGUCCUAGGAGCCGCCGUGCUUCCGGCGGCCCUUACCUCCGCUCAGAAGCUGCCGCUGUCAACAUCGUCGCGAUGGAUCCUGGACGCAGACGGCCAGCGCGUUAAGUUGCGCUGUGUUAACUGGGCCGGCCACCAGGAAGCCAACUUGCCCGAAGGCUUGAACAAGCAGUCGAUCGACUACAUCGCCGACUUCAUCCAACAACAAGGCUUCAACUGCGUGCGCCUGACGUACUCGAUCGACCACGCCCUCAACCCGGACGUCCUCGUCUCGGACUCUUUCGUCAACGCCGCCAGCGCAGCAAACGUCAGCGCCACUGACAUGAACAGCAUGUACUCCCAGGUCGCUGAGAAGAACCCCUUUGUGAGCGGCGCUACUACACGCGCUGUCUUCGAGGCUGUCAUCGCAGCGCUCUGGAAGAGGGGCGUUAUGACUAUCCUAGACAACCACGUCAGCAAGGCGAGUUGGUGCUGCAACAUCGACGACGGCAACGGCUGGUGGGACGAAGGCUUCGGGUACAACGACUGGAACAGCCGCUUCUUCAAGACGCAAGACUGGCUCAACGGGCUCCAAGCCAUCGCCACCUGGUCCGUCUCCCAGCCCGGCGUAAUCGGCAUGUCCCUCCGCAACGAGGUGCGCGAGUGGCUCCUCCAGGGCACCAACGGCCGCGCCGACUGGUACAACUUCAUGACGCAGGGCGCGCAGCGCGUACACGGCGCGAACCCAGACCUCCUGAUCAUCAUCGGCGGGACGCAGAGCGCCACGGAUCUGACGCACCUGCGCGUCAACAAGCCGCUCGACUUCAGCGGGUGGCAGGGGAAGCACGUGUGGGAAUGGCACGCGUACUCGUUCACCGUCACGUUCGCGCUGGCCAAGGGGAACUGCAGUCUGCUCAAGGAGACGUACGGGCUGUUCGACGGGUUCGUGCUCGUCCAGGACGAGGCGUACACGGCGCCGCUGAUCCUCUCCGAGUUCGGGUUCGGGAUGACGGGCGGCCCAAACGACGGGCUCUCGGACGACGACAAUAGCUACUUCCAGUGCCUGCGCGAGUAUGUCACGGGCAACGACGGCGAGUGGGCGCUGUGGGCGGUCCAGGGGUCGUAUUAUGUGCGGCAGGGGGCUGUGGGCGCGGAGGAGAGCUGGGGGCUGCUCGAUGCUGAUUGGAAGGGUUUGAGGAAUGCGAAUGUGACUGAGUUGUUGGCGCCGAUGUUCGAGGUUACUCAGGGGCCGUGAGGGGAGUCGUGAGAUGUUGGAGGGGGUAGUUCUGGGUAUAUAUUUUUGAACUCAUGUUUUUGAGGGUUCUUUUCAGGUAUAUAUAUAGUUUGAUCGGAAGUGAGAUCGAGGAGGAGGAUGGUAUGUAUACUUGACGAUACCAUUGGGUGGUCGCUCGGGUUGGCGUGUACUGGGCUUGGUUCUGAUACCCUUUAUUUACAUCCUGCCUACAAUAGAGCAUACAUAAGUU